AUGGAACACUACUCUCAGCUAAGUAGAGCCCAGUUAAGCUUUGACUAUUUGCACACGAAUUCCACAACACAUGAAUUUCUUUUUGGAGCGGUCGCGGAACUCAUUGAUAAUUCCCGUGAUGCGGGAGCUACAGAGUUAGACAUAUAUACUAGUAAGCGUCAAGUAAACGUUUACCAGUUUUAG